UGGGAAACUGAACGGGUUUAUUUCAGGCAGACAUUUCCUGUGCUUCAAUGAAUUGAUGCUUCAAGCGGAAUGCACUGGCAAGACCUGCACUUGGUUUUAUCUAUAUUUACAUACGAUGUAUUAUUAUAAGAUGUAAUAUUAAUUUCAUGUAGUGCAGUUACCGUAUAACGUCUAACUGUAAGUGCCUGCAGUACUGCAGACUCAGGUCGAUCAGAAAGCGCUGUUUCGCUUUAGGGGGGGUUAGUAAUCCGGUGUUGCACACAGGAUUAUCCCUUCUGUUUUUAUUCGUGUUUUAUUCCUCCUGUGCACGUACCGCUACUUCGACAUACUUAUCUGAUCCCAGGACGUCCGAAACCGCUAAGAAAACAAGAUGGCUGAGAUGAGUAAAGGGGUUACCGCAGGGAAAUUGGCCAGUAAUGUGCAGAAAAAAAUAACACGAGCCCAAGAAAAGGUCCUGCAGAAGCUGGGAAAGGCAGACGAGACGAAGGACGUGCAAUUUGAGGAGGGUGUGAUCAACUUCAACAAGCAGCUGGUAGAGGGCAGCAAACUGCAGAAGGACCUGAAAGCUUACCUCGCCGCAGUAAAAGCAAUGCACGAGUCAUCCAAACGCUUGCACGAGUGUUUGGCAGACAUGUAUGAACCAGAUUGGUAUGGCAAAGACGAGAUGGACUCCAUUGCUGAGGAUACUGAUCUGCUAUGGACAGACUUCCAUCAGAAACUGGUGGAUCACGCCCUGAUUUCUAUGGACACCUACCUGGCUCAGUUCCCAGACAUUAAGGCACGGAUCGCCAAGCGAGACAGGAAGCUGGUGGAUUUUGACAGCGCACGGCACCACUUUGCUUCCCUGCAGAAGGGGAAGAAGAAGGAUGAAGUCAAGAUCGCCAAGCCGGUCUCGCUCCUGGAGAAGGCUGCCCCAGGCUGGGCUCAGGGGAUACUGUCUGCGCAUCACGUUGCCCAAACUAACCUGUCGAGAAACCAGGCAGAGGACGAAUUGGGAAGGGCUCAGAAGGUCUUUGAGGAGAUCAAUGAAGACCUGCAAGAGGAACUUCCGUCACUGUGGAACAGUCGUGUUGGCUUCUAUGUUAACACAUUCCAGAGUGUUGCAGGGCUGGAGGAAAAAUUCCACCGAGAAAUGGGAAAGCUCAGUCAGAACCUAAAUGACGUGAUGACCAAACUGGAAGAUCAGAACCAGCCCGGAAAGGCAGGUAAACUGGGUCUGAAGACGACAGCCACUGGGAAGAGACAGGAAGGCACCAAUAACACCCUUUCUCCACGAGGAUCAGGACCACCCAUCCCCAAGUCUCCAUCCAAGCUGAAGCCGGGGCCGCCGGUACCCCCACCACCCAAAGUGACCCCGUCGAAAGAUGUGAAGCAGGAAAACAUCAUCGACUUCUUUGAUGACGCACUCGUGCCCGAGAUUAAUGUAACCUCCCCUUCACAGUGUGAUUCUUCUGGGGGGGGUAAUCUGCUUGAUAUGGAUUUGGAUACACUACCUGCAGUCAGCCCAGGGGGUGUGGUCUCAUCCCCAUCCUCCCAGGCGAUGUCAUGUAACACGUGGGAGGCGUCUGGAACCACAAACGGGUCUUCAGAUGAAGCCGAAAUGCCACCUGGCUUCCUCUACAAAGUCAAGGUGAUGCAUGAUUAUGGAGCCACCGAUGGGGAUGAGCUGGAUCUGAAAGCUGGAGAUGUGGUACUGGUGAUGUCCUAUGAGAACCCAGAGGAUCAGGAUGAUGGCUGGCUGAUGGGUGUGAAGGAGGCACACUGGCUUAAGAAAAAGGACCUCAAAGUCAAGGGGGUGUUCCCAGAGAACUUCACACAGCGCUUGUGAGGGCGCCAACCCACGUCCAGGCUCUCCUUGAUCCUCGUCCUCCUGCCCCGUCAUUCCGACACACUGGAUGCCCAGCUUCCCACCGGGCACAGGAACAGAGUUUGUCAGCUGCAACAAACGCAAUAUGCAUUUUGUACGCUUGAAGAUUGACUCAGGUCAUUAGAAGUGGUGGCGAGUUCGUUGUCGUGUUACUGUGGGACCUGGACAGGGUUUGCUUGCUUUCAAACUGGAUGGAGAAGCAGCUACCAGCACUGUCUCACCAAGUCUCUGUACCUCCUUGGAAGACAUGUGCUUCUGUUUCUCGUUGUACUUGACCAUCCUCGGAUUUUGAUUAAAUCAUUGUUUUGUCUCAAUUGCUCACCAGUGUUAACCCCCUCCUCUCUAACUUUACUGGCUUUAAUGCCCAGCUCCCCUUAACCCUGGGUUCCAAGUGAAGUAGCAAUGAACUCUAACCCGGCUUGAUCUAGCAUAGUCUCUUGCUCCUCUGAACCCUCUGUUUUGUAUGAUUUAUUUUUUCUUUGCUUCUGUUUGUAUUUCAGUGUGGUUCUUUUAAACCCUGUUAUUCCCAAAACCAAAUCUUAAAUGAGAAAGGAAUGGUAUAGGAGCUUUUGGUAAAGAAACAAACGAUUGUUUGAACAUUAUUUAAAUAGUAUUGUAAAAAAAAAAAAUAUUGCAUGAUGCUCUGUGAAAUAGUUUUAUCUGACAUAAGAAAUGCGUGUGAAUAGAAUGUGUAUGAGCCUAUGAAAAGUUUACAGGGGUGUCAUUUUGAUGAAGUCUCCGUGUAACGGGUCAGGCCUGCUUCUCCCAAAGCCUUCUGGGAUCAAAGUAUUACAUUGAAUACAGAGGUGUCAUUAGCAUCUAUGUCAAUUGGCAAACGUUUCUUUCUAAACUGUCAAUUUUUUUGUUAUUCAACAAACUCUUUUUUCAGAUUCUGUAAUUCUACCUACUUUUAACAGGUCUGGAUAUUUACAGACCUUUCAUGAAACAGUUUUGUUUAACCAUUUUGCACUAAUGUUUGAUUGUAGUGCCUAUUUUAGGAUUUUGUCAUGAAGGCUAUUGGCUAGCCUUUAAUUUGUGUCACAGCUGCUGUCUACCUAGAUCAGUGUUUCUCUACUCAGUCCUUGGGGACCCCCAGACGGUCCACAUUUUUGCUGCGGAGCAAAAAUGGGGACCCCCAGACGGUCCACAUUUUUGCUGCGGAGCAAAAACGUAGACCAUCUGUCAGUCGCCGAGGACCUGGUUGAGAGAGAUUGCACCUGGGUAGAUGUUCACAGAAUAAAUCAGCUUAGUUUUUGUAUCAAAGUAGAUGAGUUUUAUUGCUUGAAGCCCAGGAAGGUUGCUCACACUGAUAAGCAACCUUGGUCGAACGUUCUCUCCUCCAAUGGCCUGCCUGCACUCUUAGAUAUAUAUCCGCCUGUUCACGUGCAUUAUCCGCACACAAAUAGUCCUUUUAGACCUGUAUAUCUCAUGCAAGAAUUCCUUACUCCCAUGCAAAGCCAUGUCUUCAUCCAGUAAUUUUUGAGAGUACACUGAGAAUUCUUGAAUUUGAAAUUAUUUCUUCUUUUCCUGGAAAAUCCGGAAUAUACUGUAGCUGCUUUUUUGUGCUGUGAAAUUCCAUUUCUAGGAUCUGUAGUUCACGUAUGCCUGGAAAAAUGACCCCUCUGAUGUUUGUGUGGUGGCGGGAGAGUGACAUCUGUUAUUUGCUUGAGAGGAAGUCUGAUCUUCUGUAGUUGUCUUCAGCUUUAGCCAGUUCCGUCCUCCUCUGGCGCACGCUGAUUCGCUGUUUGCUUCACGUGUACUCGGCAGAGUUAUUUUUGCGAGUGCUGUGAAAUUGAGGACUGUCUGCAUUAGGUGCUUUUAACUGGUGGCAGGUGGGAUACGUGGGAUUCAUUCUUGAACCCUCUCAACCUGAGACUUUCUGCGGUUCUGGAGGCAUGAAACCCAUCAGUAAAAAUGUUUUUGAGCUUGUCUAUUAUUCUCAUGGAAUACGGCAGAAUCGUAUACUGUAUGCCUGGACUCUUUCCCAGUCCGUAUCGUAACGUGUGCAUCUGUUUGUUUUGCUCAGGGUAUUAGCACUCUCUCCGCUGGUGCCUCAUGGUGCCGCAAACAGAGGUCUGUGUUUUAACUCUCACCACAGACUGUCACACUAAUCUGGGUCACACUUGGAGUUAAAGCCGGUCCCUCUCUCCCCAGACACAGAAGCGUCCAUAUGUGUUAUAUCAGUCUGGUACAUAUUUCUGGGUUCUCUUUAAAUAAUUGUAUGCUAAGAACAGUAUGUUAACUACCACAUAUCAAUAAUCUUUGUGAUGUGUUGAAUAUUCUGCUGUUAUUUUUUUUUUUUUCAAAUGACCCUCUGAUCAAUUACAUUAAAUAUCGAUUUAAUCUGUGGUGCCAUCA